CCACUUCCUGUUCUACUUAAAGACGACAGAGGAAGACGCUCGCUUGUCUCAGUCGUCCUUCGGUUCGUCUCUGGUGCAGAAAUCGUGUUUUUGGGCAGAGCGGUCUGGGAUGGAGCUCCAGGUGUGGACGUGUGGCCUGCUGGUCCUCGCCUCCAUGUUUGCCCCGGCAGAGGCGCUGGCCUUUUACGACCCCCAGCUGUGCUACAUCCUGGACGGCUUCCUCGGCCUGUACGGACUCGUCAUCACCGGCAUGUUCAUCAAGGAGAAGUUCUUCAGGACCAGAGUGAAGACGAUGGACGAGGGCAUCUACAGCGAUCUUCAGGGUCAGGACUCGGCAGGUUACGCCCCGCUGUUGAGAGGAGAUCCAGAGAGAGGACGAAACCGCAGAGUGAUGGACGACAACGCCACGUAUACGGGCUUGAACCCACGCCCAGACGGAGAAUAUAAGGAGCUUCCUGUCAAGCGAGAGCGUCAGAGGAAGCCCGAGAAGGUGUACCAGGAUCUGAGCUCGGCCACCAAAGACACCUACGACUCGCUGCAGAUGAAGCCACUUCCUGCUCGCUAACGCCGUGCGACACCUGAAGCCUGCUCCGCCGUCCGCCUCCACUUUGUGCUUUGAGAUGUUGUUAUUAGUUAAAUAUAUCACGUGUUUUUCCAUUCACACAGUCACAUGACUCCAUGAACCUCAUGAUGUCACACAGGUAUCAGCUACCUGAGGCCGUGUCAGGUUUUAGAAAUAACUUUUGUACAAAUGAUUAACUCAUUAAAAUAAAUAAAUAAAUAAAUAAUUAAAAUCCAGAUCAGAAAUAUGAUAUGAAAUAAUAAAAAUAUAUUAAAUGAAACAUUUAAAAGUUUCAGUAAAACUUAUCACAUGAAUUAAUAUUUCCAAGAACUUGAAUUAAAUGGUUGAAUUACACAUUUUAUAUAUUUCUGUCUUAUUAGUUAGUUUAUUUCUUAUGAUUGGACCUUCUGGGCCGCCGUACACUCAGGUGUCUUUGCAGCUUUAACAUUUGAUUGCAGCUUUAAGUUUCCUUUUUGAAGUAUUGCUGUUGAUUUAUUGGUUGGUCAGUUGAUUGGUUGGUUGGUUGGUUGGUUGGUCGGUUGGAUGGUUGGUUGGUUGGUUGGUU